GUAAAAUAUAAUUUCGAAAAUGUCAAAUUCGAGUUUUGGAACAUCUUUGGAGAUAAUUACUAAUAUUGGGCAGAAUUUGCUGUUUGUUAGUGAGGUGAAGGAAGGAGGGUAUGAGCUGUCUUCUUAUGUGAAGUCUUAUGAUGUGGAGGAAAAGGAUAAGCUUGACGUGAAGCAUUUUGAUGAAGCGAUUACUAAGAUUUCUUUAGCGACACAGGAGAAGAAUUGGUUUGCUAUUGCUAAAAAGGAUGUAGUGCAGCUCUAUAAGGUCAUUCCUGAGACAGGAAAAUUGACCAUGAUGACUGAAUUCCAAGCUGAUUUUGACUCUGAGAAUCCUCAUGUUAACACAGUUGAGUUUUUGUAUGAAAACAAGCAAGUAAUUACCGGGGGAAAUGACACCAUUCUAAGAGUUUGGAGUUUAAAUAUUGAUAAGAAGAAAGAUCUUGUAACUGACGUAAAGGAAUUCAAGAAAUAUAAAUCUCACACAACUCCGAUUGCCCACAUUGAUGUUACUUUUGAUCAUGAAUUAGUUGCUUCUAUUGGAUCAGGAGACGAUAAACAAUGUCUUAUCCACGAUUUUGCUACCGGAAACCUUCUCAACGAGCUUACCUUCAGUGAGAAAACAGGGCAACCAAAUAUGUCUUUCCAAGGAUGUAUUUUCUCUCCAUCCAGGAGAUACUUAUAUACUCUUGCUUCUGAGGCUGGCAAGAAGAGUUAUGUCACUAGAUGGGAUGCUAAGAGCGAAGAUUUCAAAAAUUUAAAUACUAUCAAAGUGGCAGAUAACUAUUGCCCUCAUUUCACUAUGAGCAGUGAUGGAUUCUACCUUGCUAUCGGAUCAGAGACAGGCUUCAUCAAGAGUUUAAACACUAGAUACAUGCAGAUUGAUAGAGAUGACCAAAUCCAUCCAGGCAAAAUGGAAUGCGUUGAGUUCUCAAACGAUACUAGGUUCGUCCUCACUUGUGAUAAGGAAGGAACCUACUGCUUUGUUCCAAACAUGAGAGCUCCUGGACUCAUGAGAGCUUUCUUCCAAUAUCUGAUGCUUGCUUUCUUCGCCUACUUCAUCUAUAGAAGCAUCAUGGAGAGUUUCUUCGAAUAGGAAGAUUAAAGGAAUCAAAUUAGGUACUAGGACAUUUCAACC